CGGCCGCAGUGCCUGAUGGUAGCAGAGCGGGGAACGAGGGCGUCAGCCAUUUUGUGUCUGUUUCCUGUGAGACGCGGUUGUGGCCGUUGGGUCGGAAGAGUGAGCGAUUUUUGCCUCGUUUUUCCCCCUUGGUUCCCCCCCCCCCUUUUACUUUGUCGGUAGAGCGCAGUUAUGGGUCGCAAGAAGAAGAAGCAGCUGAAGCCGUGGUGCUGGUAUUGUAAUAGAGAUUUUGAUGAUGAGAAGAUUCUUAUACAACACCAAAAAGCAAAACAUUUUAAAUGCCAUAUAUGUCAUAAGAAGUUGUACACAGGACCUGGCUUAGCUAUUCAUUGCAUGCAGGUGCAUAAAGAGACAAUAGAUGCUGUACCAAAUGCAAUACCUGGGAGAACAGACAUAGAAUUGGAAAUAUAUGGUAUGGAAGGAAUUCCAGAAAAAGACAUGGAUGAAAGAAGACGACUUCUUGAACAGAAAACACAAGCAGAGAGUCAAAAAAAGAAGCAACAAGAUGAUUCUGAUGAAUAUGAUGAUGAUGACUCUGCAGCUUCAACUUCAUUUCAGCCACAGCCUGUUCAACCUCAACAGGGUUAUAUCCCCCCAAUGGCACAGCCAGGACUGCCACCAGUUCCGGGAGCACCAGGAAUGCCUCCAGGCAUACCUCCAUUAAUGCCAGGUGUUCCUCCUCUGAUGCCAGGAAUGCCACCAGUUAUGCCAGGCAUGCCACCUGGAUUGCAUCAUCAGAGAAAAUACACCCAGUCAUUUUGCGGUGAAAACAUAAUGAUGCCAAUGGGUGGAAUGAUGCCACCUGGACCAGGAAUACCACCUCUGAUGCCUGGUAUGCCACCAGGUAUGCCCCCUCCUGUUCCCCGUCCUGGAAUUCCUCCAAUGACUCAAGCGCAGGCUGUUUCAGCACCAGGCAUUCUUAAUAGACCACCUGCACCAACAGCAACAGUUCCUGCUCCACAGCCUCCAGUUACUAAGCCUCUUUUCCCCAGUGCUGGACAGAUGGGGACACCUGUAACAAGCUCAAGUACAGCUUCAUCCAAUUCAGAAAGUCUGUCUGCAUCUUCUAAAGCUCUGUUUCCUAGCACAGCACAAGCUCAGGCAGCUGUCCAAGGACCUGUUGGUACAGAUUUCAAGCCCUUAAAUAGUACCCCUGCAACAACUACAGAACCCCCAAAGCCUACAUUCCCUGCUUAUACACAGUCUACAGCUUCAACUACUAGUACAACAAAUAGCACUGCAGCUAAACCAGCGGCUUCAAUAACAAGUAAGCCUGCUACACUUACGACAACCAGUGCAACCAGUAAGUUGAUCCACCCAGAUGAGGAUAUAUCACUGGAAGAGAGAAGGGCACAGUUACCUAAAUAUCAACGUAAUCUUCCUCGACCAGGACAGGCUCCCAUUGGUAAUCCACCAGUUGGACCUAUUGGAGGUAUGAUGCCACCACAGCCAGGCAUCCCACAGCAACAAGGAAUGAGACCCCCAAUGCCGCCUCAUGGUCAGUAUGGUGGUCAUCAUCAAGGCAUGCCAGGUUACCUUCCUGGUGCUAUGCCACCUUAUGGGCAGGGACCGCCGAUGGUGCCCCCUUAUCAAGGUGGGCCUCCUCGACCUCCGAUGGGAAUGAGACCUCCUGUAAUGUCGCAAGGUGGCCGUUACUGAUCUUACUUCAUCCAAUCUAAUAGGUUUGGAGAUUAAACCUUUUCUCAACUUGUGCUGUUUAUAUAGCCAAGCUUCCGUCAAUAAGGCUUCAUUGUGACUUUAACAAACAUUAUCUUCCCACAUACCAGGAACUAUUGGACAUUUAUUUUACAUGGGAAAAAUUAUUUGGAAUAAUAAAGCAGGAACUUUUCCUGAAGUUGCAAUUUAUACUGUAUGGCUUCUUUUUCAUGUUUCAUCUAGGUUUUUAGAAGUGAAGUAUAGUAAAUUUGGUUCGUUAUAUUGUGAAGGCGCUGGAAUUACAUGAACAUACCACCUUAAUAAAGGCAAGUUCUGUAAGCUUACAUUGCUAUUUGUAAAGUUAUGCCUUCACAGCAUUUCAGAUGCUGUUGGACUUCAUGUCCCCAACCUAGCUUGGUGAGGGCUGUAACUGUUUCCGAGACCUGUACAUUGGAAGUCUGAAUGUAUAACAAUAUUUAAUGUAUUUAGAGUUCCUCAUGUUGCAGGGUUUAAGAAAUCUGACCCACCAAGGUCAUGUGACUUUUCUGUACUGUUAAACUUCAUUGUAAUAAAAUGAGAGAAAAA